CUUUCUGCAUACCUGGGAUUUGACGCCAACGACGAAAUAGAUGAAUGCAGGAGGAACAACGAAUUACCAGUAAUAAGCUAAAAGAGACCAUUUGAUUGGAUGCAGACAUCAUGAAACCAGGAGGUCAGCGACAAAGGCGGAAAAUUCUGUCGGAAGAAGAGUACACGCAAACAUUAUCACAAAUUAUUCAGCGUGACUACUACCCCGACCUGUCCGAUCUCGAACGACAGGCUGCUUUGCAGGAUCGCCGGAGUGUGGGUGACAUUGAGGGUGCCGUUGCGAUUCGGCGAGCCACACGAAAACUGCAGCGACACGAAGAGAGCUUGGCAAUCCAGGAAGCGGAACAAGAAGCCGAGACGGACGAACGCACGGGUCUCCGUACAGUCGCUCGACCAUUGCAUCAGGAAACACUUUCCGGCUUUCACACACGCGCCACCAACGAAGACGAUGCCGAAUUUGAGGUCGAGCAACGAAGAGAAAUAGAUAAGCUACAUGCUAGAAAGCGAAUGCUUACCAUUACCAACGGACCGACACCGGACAGCAAUCACCGUUCCCUUGCGGAUUCCUCUCCUUUCCAACUUGCAUCCGAUGAAUUCAAUCCGUCUCCCGUUCGUGUAACGCACCGUCUAGCAGAGGAAGAAAACUCCUUUUUCUUUGUUCCUACACCAAUGCAAUCACAUUGCCAGAAAACUCAGCCGCAGCUCGCAGGUAUCACAUUUUCCAAAGAGCAACCGGAUGCCCCCUACACUGCUGCGACUGAAGAACACACGAGGGCUCUUAUGCCACCACCAAAACGGCCAACGAGUAACGCAUCAAUCCCAUCUAAAGACACCCUGAUGGAAUACAUACCCAAAGAUCGUUUGGAGAAGCAAAUAGAGCCGUCAGCAACGCGAUUUCCCAAACAGCCUCUACUUAUUCAUUUACCGCGGCAGCAUUUGGAAGGUUCCAGUAGUGGUUCCAUAACCGAGUACACGACAGAUGCGUCAACUGAUAUCGAUUCCCCAGCUUACCCUUCUCUUGAAACAGAUCUGUUAAAAGGAAUGAAGCGUCGGCGGAGAGAGCAAGCGUCGUUCGUGCAAAUGACUCCUUUGAUAGUCCCAGGAGCUGUCGGAAUGAACGAUUCUCCGAUUACUACUUGGGGUACAGUGGCCAACACACCUACAUUACUAGAGACCACGAAAUUACCACAGGCAUUUCAAUUCCCCAAAGUCAGCGAGCGCGACGAAGCUGCGAGCAAAGCCCGUGCCAAGCUAGACGAACGAGUGCGAAAAAGUCUGGCGGCUUCUACCCCUUUGUUGAGCAAGACAGCCUUGGCUUUGCUAAAAAGGCCAUCACGACCGAUGUCCGCUCGGUCACGAUCUGCCUUGGGGAGUGCACUUCGAAUAUCGUACACUCCUUUGCAGCAGAAACGGAGUGGUCGCGAUACUACGUAUCAUAUAACUCCGAGGACGAAAAGUAAUCUUGUCUCAGACAAAACAAACAAGAAAGACCAGAAAAGCAUAACCGAUGGACUACUUAAACUUCCGAAAUAA